GGAUGUUUAACAGCUGGUCUUCCUUUCCAGGACCCUAAAAUUAGGACUUAUUUAAAAUCAGAUAAUAAAAAGAUAUAUUUCAUAACUAAAUACCAUCAUAAACUUUAAACAAUAAAACAUCUCAGGAUGAGAGGAUAUUAUCAUGGUUUUUGGGGCCAAGAAUAAAAACCAAAUAUAAUUUAAAACUGCAGCAACUAAUAUGAACAAACUUAAAUAAUGUCCUUGAUAAAAACUUCAGUCAGUCACCAUUUCUUCUUGUUAGACUUUCCAAGAGCUCUGGAGAAUAAUUCAAACAUGUGACUUUAAUGUUUGGGCCUUUAUUAGACUGAUCCUGGUAGAGACGGUCAGGAUAUUUACUUCCUGAAACACGUGUGGACGCCUCAACACACCUUCUACACCUCAGCUGAUGGAGAAAAACACUCUUUAACACACGUUAGAACCUAAAGUCAAAGUUUUUACAGAUAUCAGUUUAGAAGAACUUUUUAUUGAGUGUUAAUGUUAAGCAUUCCUGACACAAAACAUCACCAGAGUCAAAGUCUGCCCUGGGAUUUGUAGUUCUCAGACUUUGGUUUGGUUUCAGAUGAAGAUCGUCUGUCCAGGAAGAUAAGUAUCUCAGACACCGUCUCUCUCCAGACAGCCAUAGACCAUGAGUCCAGUUCUGAUCCUCAGGUUUGGUUCUGUGUGUCUAAGUUUAACCGUUCAUCUCCACAUUUACUGAUGUUUCACUUUGUGCUCUGCAGAAACCUCAGACUGAUCAUCUUUGAGACGCUGGAGAACACCAUUGAGGAUAGAGGACCUGUGGAGGAGGAGGAAAGGAGGAAGAGGAUGCAGGUGGUGGAGAGGUUUCAGACGGCUCCUUCUGAGGAAAUAGCAGCUCUCUGUGGAUCCAGGGUCAUCAGUUGGUACCAGAACCUCAAUCUAAACAUGAACCUUUUUGGAAGAUCUUGGUCAGACUGGAAUCUUUACCUCAUUGCUUCAGUCCAAACUAGAUCAGGUCUUUGAUCUGAUUGUUCGUCCUCCUCCGUCUCCAUCUGGACAAUCGUCUCGUCGUUGGACGCCGAUCUAUGAGAUGAACUUUCCUGACCUCUGUGUGUAUUAGAGACUCAACAGGAUGACCUGGAUCAUUAUGAAGCAUCUGAUGUUGUGUUCAAGGAACAGAGGACAAAACAACUGAGGACUGGAAACAUGUAGCAUGAGUCAUGUUUUGUGUUCAUAGAAAAAGUUUUUCUUUUUUUUUCUUUCUGCUCUCAGUGGAGGAGGACGCUUAUUUUCUGUCUCCCGCACCCCCUCCCAUAUCUUCCCUGCUUCAGCUCUGUUUCUUGUCUU